GCCAUGGCACACGUCGUCCAACCUCUCGACCAACCCUCAAACUACAAGGAUUCACAGACAAAGCUCGAUAGGAAGAGGCAGUAUGAUUUUCUUUCAAAAUCAUCGACAUUAUACAUUGGUAACUUGAGCUUCUAUACGACUGAAGAGCAAAUAUAUGAAUUGUUCAGUAAGUGUACCAGUCCAGAGGAUGGCGGUGGUAUCAAGCGCAUCAUUAUGGGUCUUGACCGCAACACCCGGACGCCCUGCGGAUUCUGUUUCGUGGAAUACUACACACAUGCAGAAGCGCUCGCAUGCAUGAAGUAUAUCAGCGGUACCAAACUCGACGAACGCAUUAUCCGCUGUGACCUCGAUCUUGGAUACGCGGAAGGACGACAAUUCGGUCGUGGCAAGAGCGGUGGUCAGACUACGACCCUGGUCCGCGGAGGAUGGGGUGCUCAGGCGCAAUUGGAGAGGAGGAGAGAGUUCGAGGAGCGCUAUGCCGACGCUCAGGAAGGACCUGGUGCUGUCGCGACUGGUGGUGGAGAAUGGAAAGCGACAGAGGUUCCUAGUACGACCCUCAAACGCGCACGGUCACCAGACGACGAUGGCGACAGUUCUCGGCCGGGUCACCGUUCUCGCCUAGACGAUCUGGCAGAGAGAGAUGGGAUGUAGCAAAG